GCUACCACCAGUUUUUUUCUGGACUUGACUCAACACCCAUGAUCCACAGCCGUCUCUGGCAUACCCUCUCAUUAAGAUGGGAAAUGCCUCCGAAACAUUUCUGCUUGUGUCCAGAAUAUCGAAAGAGAAUGACUUCCUUAUGGGAACUCUCUACACCAUUUUUGGUAAGUGUUUUUUUCUUUAUCUGUGUGAAAGUGUGUUCAAAUCAAACAGCCCUAAUACAUCACGCCACUCUGUCUCUGUAGGUGUGCUGUCGAUGCUGGGAAAUGGGAUCCUUCUGUUUGUGGCCUAUAGAAAGAAGUCCUCCUUGAAGCCGGCUGAGUUCUUUGUGGUGAACCUGGCCAUCAGUGACCUGGGCAUGACAAUAACACUGUUCCCACUGGCGAUCCCCUCAGCCUUCACUCACAUGUGGCUGUUUAAUGAGUUGACCUGUAUUAUCUAUGCCUUCUGUGGCGUUUUGUUCGGCCUCUGCAGUCUGACCAACCUCGCGGUGCUCUCCUGUGUCUGCUGGCUUAAAGUCUGCUGCCCAAACUAUGGUAACAAGUUCUCCUACUGCCACGCCUGCCUGUUGGUCGCUGGGGUCUGGUGCUACUCUGGGAUAUUUGCAGUAGGGCCCCUGUCGGGCUGGGGCCAGUACGGGGCCGAGCCUUACGGUACAGCGUGCUGCAUCGACUGGCACGCUCCAAGCAAAGGCUCUGCAGCUAUGAGCUACAUCGUCUGCCUCUUCUUCUUCUGCUACAUCGUGCCCUGCACCGUCAUCUUCCUCUCCUACACGUUCAUCCUCCUCACCGUCCGGGGCUCCCGCCAGGCCGUGCAGCAGCACAUGUCCCCGCAAAACAAGAUCACCAAUGCACAUUCACUUAUCAUUAAGCUCUCUGUGGCAGUUUGCAUUGGUUUCCUGACAGCGUGGAGUCCGUAUGCCGUCGUGGCCAUGUGGGCGGCGUUUGGGAACCCGGCAACUGUCCCUCCUAUGGCGUUUGCCGUGGCAGCCAUGUUUGCCAAGUCCUCCACCCUUUACAACCCGAUUGUCUAUCUGGUCUUCAAGCCCAACUUCCGCAAGUCCCUGUGUCGGGACGUGGCCCUGUGCAGGGUGACACUCUGUGGAUGUUUGUGUCCGCACAGCUCGACUCAGAAAGGAACUUGCAAACAAUCCCAUCACAAAGAAGAGUGCAACUCAACCAGGUUGUCAAACGGACUACCGGAGAACCACAGCACCUGCAGACACUGUCCCUGCCCUGAAGCAGUCGCUGGUAAAAGAGAGAACUUUAUAGAAUACAGUCCUCAGCAGACUGCCAGGAUACUUAAAGGAUCCCUACAUAAUGAGGUGGCUGUCAGUCAACUCUCCAAUGAGAUGCAGAGCGAUUUCCUUUAGAGAAACAAUACCAGACAGAGAGAAGGUGAAAAUGAACUGGAAGAAAAGCUGGGAAAGAGGUGAAAGACGAUUUAUUUAAGGAAAAAUGUGUACGAACUUUUAAGGACAAGUUUACAAACUAAGAACUUGUCCGGUGCCUCAAAUAUGUAAUACUGCCGAAACAAAAAUAACCGUGAAGUUAGAAGCCAAUACAAGAAAAUAAGUGAGCCAAACAGCCAACAUGCAACCGUAGAUGUGUACAUCAAUACUUCCAUCAGGUUAAAUUAACUCGUCAAUAACUAGCUGGUCACUUUGACUGAUCGACAUGAAGUGAAAGACACUGAUAAUCCAUGGAGUCAUGCUGCAAAUCAAAUCAAGCUGGAUUUAGUGGGAGGACAAUGAAACUUUCUACUCCCUAAUUUUAUUUUUAUGUAUCUAUUAUGAAUACUGUAUUUGAUUAUGUGUUUGUUUUGAUAGGUAUUUAUCAAUGCAUGCCAAAAGUCAAAGGACGACAGGGUUGCUGUCUUGUUGCUGAGGAUGCAUUUCAGUCUCAAGGGCCCUCUUUAAACCUUGAGGUGUCUCUAAAAUUACCAUACACUUUACACUUUAAGGUCCCGAAACGGUCCCUCUUAUACAAGUGUCAUAAAAAUGUGAUAUAUAUAUAUAUUUUUUUUUUUUCACUUUCACUGCAUCAAACCUUUUAGCAGCUUCCGACCUAACAUAGAUAUUUUAAAAAAGUAUUUAUUUUUUCAUGUUUUAUGUUUUAAUGCCAUUUUUGUCAUAAGAAACCCUGAUUUUCUCAAGGGCAAAAACACAAAAUAUGCAAUAUUUUCAAAAAAUAAGGUGCAAAGUGGAAUAUUUGGGGUGAGGUUAUUACAGCCUUGACUAGGUCAAUAAUUGAUAACUCAAUUGAUAACCUUUUCAUAGCCAUGCAUUUUGCAAGUUAAGAGAACCAGGCAUCCAUUGAAAUUGUAUGUGAUUUAGCUCUGCUGCCCCUGGUGGUUUGAGGGGGUCAUCAGACCUAAAACCUAUUUUCCAUGCAUUUUGAAAGGAGGGGCUUAGAUUUAUUAGGGAUUCAUGGGGAAAACAUUAUAUUAUGUCAGGAUUACAGUGUAUCAAACAUAUGUGUUUAUAAUGGGAGUCAAUGGGACCAAAACGGGCCUUAAUGGUCAAAGUGUUAGUGUUGUGUGU